AAGUGCCGCCAUUUUGGGGUGUUCUGCUCUGGCGGCGGCGGCAGUGGCAGAGGCGGCGGCGGCGGGACGCGGAGGCUCCCACGGGACUCGGCCUCAGCAGCGAGGCGGCGGCGGCUGCGGAGGCGCAGGCAGCAGCUGAGGCAGCGGCAGGCUCAGGUGCAGCCGCUGGAAGCUAAAGCUGUGUGUAUUUGUGGAUCAGACAAGUGCAGCAAGUUAUUAUCAUUGGCUUCUGAAGGGGAGAGUGAGGUGAUGGCUGCGUUUAAGUUGGAUUUCCUUCCAGAAAUGAUGGUGGAUCAUUGCUCUUUGAAUUCCAGUCCUGUCUCAAAGAAAAUGAACGGCACCCUGGACCACCCAGACCAACCAGAUCUUGAUGCUAUCAAGAUGUUUGUGGGCCAGGUUCCCAGGACCUGGUCUGAGAAGGACUUAAGGGAGCUUUUUGAGCAGUAUGGUGCUGUCUAUGAAAUCAACAUCCUAAGGGAUAGGAGCCAAAACCCUCCUCAGAGCAAAGGGUGCUGUUUUGUUACAUUUUACACCCGCAAAGCUGCUUUAGAAGCUCAGAAUGCUCUUCACAACAUGAAGGUCCUUCCUGGGAUGCAUCACCCUAUACAGAUGAAACCUGCAGACAGUGAAAAGAACAACGCUGUGGAAGACAGGAAGCUGUUUAUUGGUAUGAUUUCCAAGAAGUGUACUGAAAAUGACAUCCGAGUCAUGUUCUCUUCAUUUGGACAGAUUGAAGAAUGCCGGAUAUUGCGGGGACCUGAUGGCUUGAGCCGAGGUUGUGCAUUUGUGACUUUUACAACAAGAACCAUGGCACAGACAGCUAUCAAAGCAAUGCACCAAGCACAAACCAUGGAGGGUUGCUCAUCUCCCAUGGUGGUAAAAUUUGCUGACACCCAGAAGGACAAAGAACAGAAGAGAAUGGCCCAGCAGCUCCAGCAGCAGAUGCAACAGAUCAGUGCAGCAUCUGUGUGGGGAAACCUGGCUAGUCUGAAUACUCUUGGGCCCCAGUACUUAGCACUUUAUUUGCAGCUCCUUCAGCAGACUGCCUCCUCUGGGAACCUCAACACCCUGAGCAGCCUCCACCCAAUGGGAGGGUUAAAUGCAAUGCAGCUACAGAAUUUGGCUGCACUAGCUGCUGCAGCUAGUGCAGCUCAGAACACACCAAGUGGUACCAAUGCCCUCACCACAUCCAGCAGCCCUCUCAGCGUACUCACUAGUUCAGCAGGGUCUUCACCGAGCUCCAGCAGCAGUAACUCUGUCAACCCCAUAGCCUCACUUGGAGCCCUGCAAACAUUAGCUGGAGCAACAGCUGGCCUCAAUGUUGGCUCUUUGGCAGGAAUGGCUGCAUUGAAUGGUGGUCUGGGCAGCAGUGGCCUUUCCAAUGGCACCGGGAGCACCAUGGAGGCCCUCACCCAGGCUUAUUCUGGUAUCCAGCAAUAUGCUGCUGCAGCACUCCCCACUCUGUACAACCAGAAUUUAUUGACACAGCAGAGUAUUGGUGCUGCUGGAAGCCAGAAGGAAGGUCCAGAGGGAGCCAACCUGUUCAUCUAUCACCUGCCCCAGGAGUUUGGAGACCAGGACCUGCUGCAGAUGUUUAUGCCCUUUGGGAAUGUCGUGUCUGCCAAGGUUUUCAUAGACAAGCAAACAAACUUGAGCAAGUGUUUUGGUUUUGUAAGUUAUGACAAUCCUGUCUCAGCUCAAGCUGCCAUCCAGUCCAUGAACGGCUUUCAGAUUGGAAUGAAGAGGCUUAAAGUACAGCUCAAACGUUCAAAGAAUGAUAGCAAGCCCUACUGAGCGUGCUCCCCUCUGAGACUGGAGAAGAUCUUCUGGCACAGCUUGCCCUGAAGACUCAGCUACUGCCUUCUGUGGGAGUGUCGCUUCGUACAGAGGACAAGUUUGUGCUUUGGUUUCCAGUGUUUUACUUUGGAGUUUAGGUGCCAUAUCCUGGGGUUUUUUUGUUUCGUUUCAUUUUUUUUUUUUUUUUUUUUUUGUUUGUUUGGUUUUUUUUUUUUCUCUUUUCCCUUUAUUUAAAGUUUGCUGUGUUUGUAACCAGUCUGUUGAGAAGGACCAACACCAAUCCAUCCUGAGGAAGAGGGAAAUGCUUUAAAAGAUAAUCAGAAUGUGCCCAAAACCACUGAGAGAGGACUGAACAGAACAGAAAGUUGAUCCUCCAAGUCUCUCUCCCUGAGUGCAAGGGUGGGUAAGGUCUAAGGAGCUACAGGGGCAGAGUGGAUGAGGUGGCUUGGCAUCUAGACCCCUUUAUAACUAGCGGCUUUCUGUGGAAAUGCUAAGCUUAUGCCACCUAUUUUUCUGAUUUUUGUCCUGGAUUUCUGCCCUUCUUUCCUAAAAGGGGGUCUGCAAGUCUCAGGAAAUAAAGCACUUCUUAAUUUAGUCUGAAAUAUGCAAAUAACAGGGUGAUACCCAUUACUAGCUAUCCCAGUCCACCAUUGGUAUUGUAUUGCCCUGCCUGGCUGGUGGUUGUUUGGGGGAAGCAGCCAAAGAGGUCAUUUCUUAGUUUAUUUCAGUGUGAAUUAGACCAUUGCCCAUUUCCAACAGUUUAUUUUGAAGAAAGUUUGUGACAGUUCACCACAGCAAGGAAUAUCGUCUCAUUCCCCAGACACAAUUUUUUCAUGAGGGCAGAUCUAAGAAGCGUUUGCAGCAUCUAGCAAACAAGGGUGCUGUUGACAGGCAGAGUGAUCAGUAGCCUUCUGGGAGAGAGGAGGGACCUGCUUCUUGAUGUACCUGAAUCAAGGUCUUUUCUGUAUUUGAGCAGAGCCUAGUAUUCAAGAAGGUUCAGAAGUACACUGUUGCCUCUUUGAUGAGGGUAUCCCAGAGAUUGUGUUUUUACAAAGGUCUGACAAGCCUCUCCUAGCCACUCUAGCCCCAUCUUCUGCCCUUGGAGACAGAAGAGAGUACAGGACGUUUACAGGCUUCAUAUGGUUUUUAGUGUUCAUUUACCUCAGUAUUAACUCAUGUCAUUUUGUUAUCAUGCUUACAGUUAGUUCCCUGCUGCCUUUCACCGGUCUUAACUCCAGUGUCCCACACAGCCUCUGGGCUCUGCUUUUGCUCUAAGAAAUACUGUUGAGAAUGUGCAUCUGAGCAGAGGUAGCCACAUAAGCAUAUGCUAUUGGCCACAGCCAGGGUUUGGGUUCCUAGGUCCUUGAAAGCAUAAACCUCACAAGUUAAAAACCUUGACUCCUAGCAGCAGAGAUUAGAAAAAGAAAGGGUUUAGCCUGUUUUUAAGUCAGAAGGGGACAUUUCUGCUUGUCAUGCUGUCCCUGUAGGUAACAUACAGGGAUGACCAUCUUGCUGUUGUACAGGUAGCUAUUGGUGUUGGAUUAUCCCAUUGAAGCUGGAACAGCUCUUCUCUGCUCAUAGUGAUAAGUUUGGUCUGUUGUCCUCUUAAAAAACAUGAAAUAAUACACUUCUUAAACUGAACCAUGUAAACUUGAAUUCUACGCAAUGGGAGAGAAGUGUUCUGUGUUUCAAGAUAAAACUGUUCUAAAGGCUUCCAGGGUAAUGAUGGGAUUUUUAAAAAUAAAUGCAAAAAAUAAAAAUUAAAAAAAGCUUAAAAAGGGAAAAAAAAAAAAAAAAGGAAAAAAAAAAAAAAGAAAUGCUAGGUUGGGCAGGCACUGUUCUGUCUGAAUCCCAACCAGCUGGAACCAAGAAUGUUGUUUCUAUUUUUAUAGAAGUUUUAUACAGCUCCGGGGUGGAGAAUAUUUAUUACCUAAAUUAUAUCUCUGGAAAAGGCCAGGAUUUUGUAGAAUCCAGAAUGUGAUUGUUGUACACACGGAGUGCUGUGUAUGAUUGAAACUACUGAUUUUCUGUGACCAUUUGCAGCCCAGGUAACCUGUCCAAGGGGAAGGCUAACAUUAAUGCUGUGAAUCGGCCGAGGCGAGAGCUGUGCUCCUUAGGGUGCUGCCACUGCUGUGCUCCCUAACCUUCUGUCCUGUCUUCCUCCUUGGCCAGAACACCACGUUCUUCCCUCUGUCUCCUGUUUUACCAUUUGUCCACAGAUUUGUCCUGUACUCUGGGACCUUUGGAAACCACCUUCCUAAUGAGAUUAGAGGCAAAGGUGUGACCCCCCCCCCCAACCUUUGAAACAGACCCCAUACUUUAUACCUACUUGUGGCUCUGAAAGGAACACUUGCCCCAGCAGAGCCAUGGUGUGCUCAGGCAGCCAGCCAGCUGGUGAGACCAUGUACUUCUGUUCUCCCCCUUUGCCCAGUACAUAAGCACAGCAAUAGCACUGUCCUUGAGCACAGUUCUCUCCCCAGGCCAAAGAUGGUUUUGUUGAAGAAGCUGCUCCCCUGUAAGUCUUGAUGUAAAAGGGCUCAGCUCAGAGUGGAGACUGAAGUGAAGUCUUAAGCAAUCCAUUCUGUUGUGUGGAGGUUUCACUUACAGUGUGUUUUCUGCUGUAGUUUGUUUCUUGAAUUAUAUCAUGCCAUUGAUUUGCCUUCACUGCAGCCCACCACUAUCUCCUGGGUUUCACAUGAGUGGCCAGGGCCAAUGUGGAAGCUUAGGGCUUGGAUUCUUGGGAACAAAGGGCCAUCCUAAGAUUGAGCAAGAAACUCUGGCCUUCUACCCUAAAUAAUCUCCCUUCCACUGUAGUCAGCAUCUUUUUGUUUCCUCUCCCCUCGGGUCUCACCAGGUAGUGGGAAAGCAGCUGAGGCCUUGCUUACCCCAGAGACUGUCUUGAUGUAGUAGGUGCUUUUCAGGAAAUCCAAGCCUUAGGUUCCCUUCUGUCUCUGGCAAUUGGAUGUUCUCUUGGUGUUCUCCAUGUCCUUUUGAACUUUUCCCUGUGUCCAUUGUUAGCAUGUGCAAACCUCCCUGUCAUUCCCCAUCCCUGCCCUUCCCCACCUCCUCAUUUCAGGGCUGCACACAGUGAGUGUCCUGUUCUCUCUCUGUUUGGAUGUAUUGCUCUGUGUAACUCAGUGGAUCUCCCUCUUUCUGGUUUGUUUUUUUUCUAGAUUCCUGCCGUUUGUUCAUCGUUGUGCCUAAAGCAUGUCGAUGUGGCGUCAAGUACAUCGUCCAAAUCCCUGUCUCUUCAGCUUCUCUGAUGCUUGAACUCUCACCUUUGACCUUGUGUUGACCUUUGAUGCUGAUGUGUAUUUUAUUAUGUUUGUUUCUUUCUUUGUUUUUUCUUUUUUCUUUCUUUUUUUUUUUUUCCCUUUUGUGCUGCCAAAAUUGGUUUUGCUAGAACGACUGCUGAAGGGAAAAAAUAUUUAAACUUGCAUUUGAAUAUAAAAAAAAAUCUAUUUUUCUAGAACUUCAUAAGAUAACCACUUGAUUUUGUGAUUCCAAUUCUUUGUAACUGUCUCAGAGCAGCCCUACUAGCACAUGCCGUGUGGUGUUUGUAUCCCUGUGAACACACAGCCAGUCCGCUUCCAGGCUUUGUUCCUCUGUGUGCUUAGUUUUAAAGACAACUUUGAAAUAAACAAUGAAAUAAACGAUGUCACUAAAAUC